AUGGCAGAGGAGGCGCAAACCACGAUAUCCACCAUGGUUACAGAUUCAUCCGAGCCCAAUCGUGAUGGGGAGAUUCUUGAGGAAGGACUCAAGGAAGGCGCCACCCAAGAAGAUGGUUACCAAGGCUACAUUACCACUCAAGAGCAAGGUGAUCGUUUGCGACAGCGCUAUAAUGCGCUCAAGAACGGAGAAGAUCCCACCCUGUUAAAACAUGCCAACAGCGUGGAUGACAUACCGAGGACGGAGUCGAUGCUGAUGAGUUGGAGAAAGAAGAUUUACGAAGCGAUCACGGAUUACAGGAAGUCUCCCAAACAUAACACACCCGCAAAAAAGACAACCGCCACUGAAUCCUCUGCGGUUGAACCUGGAGAAGAAAUCUCUCCCGUUCAAAAGCUCAAUGCUCCAGUUCCUGAAUCUUUACCAGUGGCUAAUGACACUGGCAAAUCGGCCAACAUAGGCCCCGCCGGCGACCACGCUGACAACACUCCGGAUUCAAAGAAGAAGGACACUCCUCAGACAAGCCGCAUCAAAGCGUUGAAGCCACUCGAGGUGGAGCUGAUUGCGCAUGAAAUCCUGUCCCUGGCAGUGGAAGCCCAUAAAGGGAAUACCAACUACCCGCCUUGGGCGUUUAUUAAAGACACCACCUUUGUUAACCCACUCGCGUGUUUCCGUGACUACCCGAACUUCACUUUGAGGAUGGAGGAUGUUCUGGAGGGUCUCCGGACACAGAAGAACAUCGUUUACAAAUUCACGAUAUUUGACCCGAAGAUGCGGGCCGUGGCUACUCCCUCCGCUGAGACAUCCAAAUCGAGAAACAACGCCAAAAGCAACGACCGUAGAACCACGGUGUACUCCGCAGGGAAAAAGGUACUGACAGAGCAGGAGAAAGCAGCCGGCAUUAUGAUGCCACCGCCAAAGACAUCGCGGGGUCAAGGGAGUGGCAAACAAAGAAAGCCUUCCGGCAACAUCCCCUCAUCAAGCCCUUUGUCCAGGUCUGAUACACCAAGCAAGCCUCCUACUUCCAGCGGCAAUCCGAAAGGCAAAGGCAAAGCAACUGUUUCUUCCCCUCUUGCUCCAGCUUCCGCUUCUGCCUCUCCUUUGGCGGUAGCACCUGGUCCUACUUCUGCCUCCGCUUCUCCUUUCGGUUUUCCUUUUGGUUCGCCUUUUGCUUCUAGUCCUUUGGCUUCACCUUCAGCUCCUUCCCCCAGUUCUACAUUUAUUUCUGGAGGAGCACCGCAUUCAGCAAGCCGCACCUACACCCCGACCUCCUUGCCUGCUUCGAGGAAUCCGCCGCCCGUUUACAUGCAACAGCAACAACCUUCACCACAAGUCGCUAGAAGACUGUUUACCCCCACUUCCCGCUCUGACUCGGGGUCCAUGUCAAUGUCACGCUCCGGCUCGAUGCCCUCCAUCUUCACGCCCCUGGGGAUGGAUACGCGGAUUCCUCCGACUGUGCAUCCAACCAACCCAUCGCUACAUGACGAUACGAGGAGAGCGUCGGCUUCUGGGACACCUGCUCAUGCUUCUGGGUCUGACUCUGGAGCGGCGGCUGCGAGUGCGAACCGGAGGAACGGAAAGGCGAUGGGGAAGGGAAAGGGGAAAGAAAAAGGAAGAGAGAGGGUAGAAUCGAAGAGUCCCCCGGAGGGAAGUACCCCGAAGAAGAAGGUGAGAGGCGAGGAGGAUCAGGAUAAGUCAGGAAAAGAGAAGGAUGAGAAGGAGAAGGAGAAGGAUACGACGAAGGUGAAGGAGGAGGAGAGCGAGUGA